AUACAGCAGGUCUAACCUCAGUACACCGUAGCUAUAGAAACGAAAUUCGAGAUUCCAUGUUGUGCAUAAUUCAUGUUCACCCGCAUUCGUGUUUCGUCGCUUUGUAGGAAGGACAAAGCAGAGUUUGAAGCGAAGAAAGAAGGUCUAAAAUGAGUUCAGAAAAACUUACAAACACCAAACGCAGAAAACAGAGCGGAUCUCAAGUUAGCCUCGGCCAAGACCAUCCGAUGGAGAUGUCUUCAAGGCCUGCGUCAGCUUACUCGCGAAAUGCCUGGUCUAAUGAGAAUGACGUGACGGACGACAUAGAUUUCUCACCCAGAGCAAACGCUACGGCCGUCGAUGUUUCUCCCACAGGAAUGGAAGCUGAGCCUGUCUCACAUCAGAAACAAAUGCCGGCAGAUGUUCGCGCUGGAGUUGAAGAACGUAAUGUACCCGUCGGAUGUUGGACGCGAUUCAAGCGAAUUGUACGCAGUUUGUGGCGCACACGACAGACGGAGGAUAUGGAUACGGAUCGUGAGAUGCACGUGAAAACAACUCUUCGGGAAUUGGUUAUCUACAUCUUCUUCAUUGUUGUUCUCUGCAUAUUGACAUUUGGAAUGACAAGCUCGACGAUGUAUUACUUCACAAAAGUGAUGAAAGAUCUUUUCGUUGAGACGACAAUGGAAAACAGGAACACCUUCAAAGAUAUCACGACCAUGAGUGAAUUCUUUAUGUAUGCAUCUGGCCCAUUAUUCUCAGGAAUCUACUGGGAACAAUAUUACAACAAUCAGAAUGUUACUAACAGAAGGAAGGAUGAACUUGGAUACAUCUACUUUGAAAACAAAAUUCUUGGCCGACCACGAUUCCGACAGAUCAGAGUGAAAAAUGAUUCAUGUGUAGUUCAUGACGAUUUCAGCAAAGUUAUCAAGGAGUGUUAUGCACCAUACUCUCCAGCUGUGGAAGACAAGGCAGCAUUUGGGUUACAAAAUGGUUCUGCUUGGACUUACAAAAGUGAGGAAGAACUAAAAAGCCGCAGUCACUGGGGUCAGUUGACGACAUACAAAGGAGGUGGAUUCACCCAAUUGCUCAACACAACAAAAGCUGAGAGUCAGAAUAUUGUUGAUCAAUUGAAGGAAAAUUUGUGGCUUGACCGUGGUACACGAGCAGUUUUCAUCGAUUUCUCUGUUUACAAUGCCAAUAUUAAUCUUUUCUGCAUCAUCAGGUUAUUAUUUGAAUACCCAGCAACUGGUGGAUGUAUUCCAAGCUAUACAUUCAGAACUUUGAAAUUGAUUCGUUACGUGACCGGCUUUGACCACUUCGUUAUGGCAUGUGAAGGCUUAUUCAUGUUAUUCCUCAUCUAUUAUACCAUUGAAGAAAUUAUCGAAAUCAAAAAGCAUAAACUACAAUACUUCAAGAGUUUCUGGAAUAUCCUUGAUAUUGUCGUGCUUCUUCUUGGCUAUAUUGCUGUUCUCUUCCAUCUGUAUCGUACUGUGGUUGUUGGAAAUCUGCUCGAGUCGCUGUUGGAUAAUCCGCAACAAUAUGCAAACUUUGAUAGUAUUGGUUUCUGGCAGACGCAAUUCAAUAACAACGUUGCCAUUGCUGUAUUCUUUUCGUGGAUCAAGGUGUUCAAGUAUAUCAGCUUUAAUAAGACCAUGACCCAACUAUCAUCGACGCUGGCCAAGUGCGCCAAAGAUGUUGCUGGUUUUGCCGUCAUGUUCUUCAUUAUCUUCUUCGCUUAUGCUCAACUUGGAUACCUGAUCUUUGGUACUCAAGUUCGUGACUUCAGCACGUUUGGCAAUAGCAUAUUCACGCUAUUCCGUAUCAUCCUUGGUGACUUCGACUUCCAUCAAAUCGAGAAUGCUAACCGUAUUCUGGGUCCAACAUUCUUCAUCACAUACGUCUUCUUCGUAUUCUUCGUUCUGCUGAACAUGUUCUUGGCCAUCAUCAAUGAUACAUAUGCCGAAGUAAAAUCUGACAUUGCCCAGCAAAAGAGCGAAUUCGAGCUUGGUGAUUACUUCAAGAAGGGAUACCAAAAAGUGGUUGAUAAGUUGUCAGUGAAGAGAGAGAAGAUUGCUGAUAUCCAGAAAGCCCUAGCAACUGCUGACGUGAACCAAGACAGCAAACUUGAUUUUGAAGAAUGGAGAACCGAACUUAAAUCCCGUGGCCAUGCCGAUGCAGAAAUUGAAGCAGUAUUUGCCAAAUAUGAUGUUGAUGGUGACCGUGUCUUGGAUGAGGAGGAAUGCAAGAAGAUGCAGGAAGAUUUGGAAGGACAAAAGGCUGAGCUGAAUGAAGAAAUUGAAGAAAUGGAACGUGCAAAAGAAGAGGGACGACCUGCAACGGCAGCCAGUCGUGUCAGCAUUCGCGACAGUGAUAUGGAUAGUGAUGAUGAAGGUGGUUUGAGAGGAAGAUCUGGAUCACCUACACCAAGACGCCGUGCUGGUGGAGUUGGUGGUGGCGUACCAUAUGAUGAAUUCAAUGUGCUGAGCCGUCGUGUGGACCGAAUGGAACACUCCAUUGGAAGUAUCGUGUCCAAGAUUGAUGCCGUUCUUGUCAAGCUGGAAGCAAUGGAGAAAGCCAAGUUGAAACGCAGAGAAACUAUGGCCAAGCUUCUUGACAGCAUCACCGAAGGUGCAAAUUCAAAAUCUGAAGAAGACCUAAAACGAGAUCAAAUGGAGCAGUUAGUGCGUGAAGAAUUGGAUAACACAUGGGAGAGCAGCGCUAGCCUGCGUUCAGGAGGUGGUGACUCCCGGCCUGGAACUGCUGCAUCUCGUGCUGGUGGAUCGCGGGCACCUACAGCUAAAUCAAUGUACAGCCAAGGCAAGGCAAGUGCCAGCUCACGCGGACGUAAAACUGCCCAAGGGAGUGCCGCAAGUGUUCGGAUGGAUUCUGGUGAUGGAAUCCAGGGAACCCUCAACGAACACAGCCAAGUGUAAUUGUGAUAAACUUCAAUCGUCAAUGUAUACUUAAUCGAAAUUGUAUAUCAGAAUAACUUAUUUAUUUCUGCAAAGAAAUCAGCGUCCCUGUCAAUUGCUAUGUAUUUAUUUAAUUUGUUUUUGCCGGUACUAUUCGUGUAAUAGUUCUGUGCGUAAUAUUAAUAAGCUAUAAACGUACUAGUAUAUGAAUUGUGUUUGCACAUGGAAGCAUUCGUUUAUAUUACUGUAACCAACACGUAAUAUUUAAGCAGAUGUAAAAAUAUUUCAUUUUAAGAAGAUUCGCUUUAUAAAGCAUCAGCUAUAAAUAGUUGUAGAUUUGUUUUAACUUGUUUGUACAAUAACAGUACCAUGCAUGCGUAUGAUUUGGAUGUAACCAUACUCCAUUAAUUUGAAUGUAUAUAGAUCAUCGUAGACGUAGAUAUAGUGCGGUUUUAUUUAUACAAUUUGAAAGGAAAUAGCAAUUUUUGUUUUUCAUUCGAAGUAUCAUUUACAAGUUCCAAGAUGGCGGAGGAGUUCAUAUUUGUUCUUACCCGAUAUUUUAAAAAAUGUCUGACUACACUGUAACGGUUUUUACGUUUCUUUUAAUUAUGAAAAUAAUUUAUUGCCAUUUCCUUUAACUCUAAUUAACGUCCUAUGAUUGCUGUAGAUUAGUUGCUUUGUCUUUGUAUAUUUCAUUUAAGCAUGGCUUAAUUUAACAACAUUCGGUUCGACAACCUUCCUAAUGGAAGUGAUGAUAUACGACCCUUACACUUGGACUGUUGCACUAAAUGUUCAAUAAAGAAUAUCUUUAUGGA